AUGUCUGGACCAGGCAGUAAUGUCCUACAACAAUUCAUGGGGGCGAUUGCCGAGCUGGUGAAGAACCGCGAUGGCGCCAAGCUACAGGAUUUCCUGCAGCUCGAACCCCCGCUGAACGAAGUCUACCAACAGAUGGUGGCGGAGCUGCGAUAUGACUACCCCGAUACACCGGAGAAGAAUAAGGAACUCCUGCGCCGAUGCGAACAACUCGUCCCGCGCUCGAAGAACAGUAGCUCGUGGUCUGCUUUUCCGGCUUUCAUGAGGCUCUAUUUCGCCUUUCUGCGCGACGUCUAUGUCGAGAACCUUUUGGAGACUUAUGAGCAGCUGAAGGCAUUGUUGAAUCAGUGCGUUCUAGCGCUCGGUGAUAGCCAAUUUGGCAUCAUCAUGCUACCUACCGUUCUUUACCUCUCGAAAGUGCUGGCAAAGCUGGCCAUGGGCUUGGAUGGUCGGCCGGCUUUGGUGGCGCGUUUACAACAGAUGGACGGCAAUUCAAACGCAGACGAAAGUGCCGAGAAGGUCACCUUUGUCGAAAAGGCAGCAAAUGUUGUUCGGGAGGCGUUCAUUAAGUGUCUUACAGACCGCAGCGGAACCCUGGGGAAGGCCGAGGGGAAAAGAGUGGGGAUUUACCUCAUGGCCAACUUGUGUUUGAAACUGCUGUUCCAGUGCGGCAAACUCCGAAAUGCAGAGACCAUGUUCUCCAGUAUCACUGCGCAAUCUCCGCCCUUGAAAUAUUUCCCGGCUUCGCAAAGAGUAACCUAUCUGUAUUAUCUCGGACGUUACCUGUUCUCCAACAACCUCUUUUAUCCCGCUCAACUGGCCCUGCAGGCGGCUUACGACCAAUGCCAUCGCCAGGCUAUGAAACAAAAGCGCAGCAUACUCACCUAUCUUAUUCCGUGCAAUAUCAUCAUGGGACGAUUUCCAUCAUCGGUCUUGUUACAGCGACCGGAAGCAGAGACGCUAGCCGACAAAUUUAUUCCAUUGUGUCGAUUAAUUGCUAGGGGAGACUACAUCGAAUUCCGCGAGUACCUCGCCAUAGACUCUCCCAAAUCCGAAUGGUUUGCUAGCAAGGGGAUCUUGCUAGCUUUGCGAAAUCGCUGCGAAAUCCUGGUAUGGCGGUCUCUGGCGCGCAAAGUAUUUGUUCACGGCGGCUUCCAUGGCGAGCCACAAGGAUCGACCCAGCGCGGACCACCCCCGUAUCUCUACAUAAACAAACUAGAGACAGCAGUGCGAUGGAUCCAGUCGGAACAUGGGAACUCGGCCGAUGCCCAGGCCGGAAGCAACAUGGCUGGAUCGCAGCUUAUUUACAAGGAAACUGACCCCGAUUUCGAAUAUGUCGACAGGCCAUUUCCAGCCGAUUUGACUGUGAAUCGGGAGCAGGUCUUGAACAAAUACAACGAUUACCUCACUGCGAACACCUUUUUCGAUAAGUUCGGGAAUUUAGAGAACAACAUGGCUUGCUCUGCUAUUGAUCUCGAGCCACCAACGAAUCGGUACCGAGACUACGAAUUAGAUCCAUAUGCUGUUGAUCCCAGUGAAAUUGAUCCCGACCAGCCGACACCCAUGCUGCGGGAGCUCGAAUCCAUAUUUGCUUCGCUUCUGACCCAAAAUCUGAUGGGAGGUUAUCUGACGCAUCGAAAUCCUCGGUUCGUCGUUCCUGGAGCCCGAAUCCGUGGGUUGUUGCCUACCGGAUUUCCCAAUGUUUGGCAAACCAUCUCAACACGGGAGGGUUAUACCGAUAGCGUUCCCGGCUGGGUACAGCAGGAUCGCGAUGGAGGUGGUGGAGGGCGAGUAAUCCAUUUGAAAAGUGCACGACCUGUUGGAAAGUAA